CGUAGCAGAGAAUUUGUCUGGCGUCUGAACAGCGUCAAAUUUAUAAUUAAUUUGUGCGCUGACCCUUUUGUUUUACGUGAAAUCUGUAAAGCGUCGCUGUUCGAAAAAAGACACAGUGAUGUCGCAGCGGAAGAAAUCGCAGUGCUCUACUUUUCAAACACAGUUAUCCCCCAUCCUGGAGAUAUUAGCUCAGGCAACGGUGGCCGAAAUUAGCAAGCUUGUAGAGGAUGGCACCGCACUUUUGCGCUUGGAAAUGUCUCAGAGUCAGAGAGAGAUCGAAGCGCUGAAGCGCAAACUGUGGCGGCUGGAGUGCGAGCUGCGCGGCCGCGCACGUCUGCCAGGGGAGGAAUGUACGUCCCCUGUAGAGAGAGAGUUUGGGCAGGAGUGGAGCUUUGGUGUGUGGAGAGAUGGAGAGUCCACCGCUGUGGAAGAGGAGAGCACUCCUCUGCAGUCCGUCAUGAGGGAGGAGUCUGCAGACACAGAGGAGAACACGCCUGAAUCACUACUUAUCAAGGAGGAGAGACUGGAAGACAACUUGUGGAGCAGGGACCCACAGCCCACACCUGCUGAGGAGCAAGUAGCACAGCCCACACCUGCAGAACACCCAAAAAAGCAUGUAACCCAGCCCACACCUGCAGAAGAACAGGUGACACAGCCCACACCUGCAGAAGAUCCAGAGGAGGAAGACCUCAGUGGACUGGAGUUUGUGGUGAAGGCGGAGCAAGAGGAAGAGCAUGUAGCCCAGAGACUCAGUCAGACAGGAUGUGAACACAGUGCAGGAAGACUGAACAAUCUGGACUCUGAGUAUGUAACGUACGAGAGAGACGGUCAGCUGUGGACUUCCUUCACACCAGGCGACAGUGACAUAGAGACUGAUGAUCCAGUUUGUGAUAAUGCUACAGAGCAAUACUCACAGAGUCUGCCGGUUCACACAGAGCUUCAGCAUGCCCCUGCUGCAGACGAAGCUUCUGCUAACAGUCUCUGCUCUUUUGGAAGACCAAGUGCUCACAUAUUUGAUAAGGUGUUUGAGAAGCACUCUGAUUGCAGUGAAGAGCUCAGGUCAGACAUGGUUCCCACACAGCAGGCUGAGCACAGAGAGAGACUUCUGCCCUCAGUGAAGAGAGAGAGUCAGACAUUACAGGCCAGGCAGCAGCUACACGGACCCUCAGCAAAACUAAUGAGAGUCAGGGAGAGUGCAGCUGAGCUGAGCUCAGACACUCAGUAUGAGGGUGGAUAUUCUCUGAGUGGCAACAGUUUCAACAUGGAAAAGAAAAGGAAGAGCUAUCGAGCGUUCACAGGAGAGAGACGGUUCUGUUGCGCAUAUUGCGGGAAGAGUUUCACUCGUUUCAGUCAUCUCAAGGAGCAUCACAUCAGUUAAUCUUUCAUGCAAUAUGCACUACAACCACCAAAACACUUCAUA